ACUUUAGUUACCGGGAAAAAAUAUGGAAAAAUCGUUCACUCUUAUUCACAUGGUUGCCACCGCCGGUGUUUUCUCCGCCGUUUCUUGCUGGUACGGAUUCAUGUUCGGCAGAGAAUCAGCUCGUAAAGAACUGGGAGACUUGAUCGAGAGUCUUCGCCGUGAUAAUUCAGACUCCCCUUCUUCGUCAUCUCCCCCGCACUCUUGAUCGCUAUACGAAGCUUCGAUGUCAAGAAGCUGGGACUGAACAACUUUUCUUAAGGGUUGGAACUUGGCAAAACUUUGAGGAGGCAUAUCAGGAACAGAGUUCCUAAUGCUCCUCGGAAUUCUCUGACUGUAUUUCAUGUAUUGUAGUUUCUCGACAAUUUUUGUAAUGAAUUGCUAUAUUUAGUUCAUCAUAUCAAACCUUUCUACUAUGGGUGAAAAUAUUAUAUGAAAUGAACUGAUUUAGGUGUUUAAUUUCUA